AGACGUGGGAUUCUGAGAAGACCUGUGCGCGGCGGGUGAUUAUGGGCUGGCUGGUGUUUAUCGGCGCGGGUGAGCUGAUGCGGGGCUGCUGUCCGAGGGCAGAUAAUGGCGCGCUGCUCCUGACGCAGCCAGAUCACGGGCCUCAUCACAGAUAAAGAGCCUCUCAGCUGCUCCUGCAGCACCAACGCCACCAACACAAGACAGCGGGCCAGAGAUCAGCGCUCACCGUUUACGUUAGUGCAGCAGGUGGCAGUCUCCGCUGGGACGGGUCCAGCUCUGAUACAAUAGACCUGCUCCAGAUGUGAACUGCAGCAGGCCAAGCCAAGUCUGAUCAUGUCGUGUAAAUAGUCUCCGUGGCUGAAAGACCAUAUGUCCGGAGUUCAGCAUGGGUGCCCUCUCCUCUUCAGUAGCUGACAUGCAGUCACUUCCUGUGCCUUUUAAUUCCACAUAUGGAGGCUUAGAACCACUAGGGCCUCACACCAACUGGUGGUUUACUGGUGGAAGAUGGUACUUUAUCAACAUCACAUUCUCAUGAUACUCCUACUGAUAAGCUGCUCUCACCUAUUAGGUGUAGCCCUGGAGUCUGACCCCAAACCGACCAGCGGGCCUCUGGUCCCCUCUCUCGUCCAGCUGCCUUCUGUUGGGGACAGCCUUGUGUUCCUGUGUACUGCUCCGGGGGACCAUCGGGCGCUGCACUUUGACCUCUACGGAAGCAAACGUCUGUGUAACACAGUCAAGCACCAAACUGAAGAGUGUGGUGCCAUUUUUACUGUGAAUCGCAAAGAAGUGACCAGUGAAAAGGAUUUCUGCUGCCUUUUCAAAGACUCUCAGAACAAACCCAGCGCGUUCAGCUCUUAUGUGUACGCCAAAUUAGAUGAGAAGGUCAGCCCUCUCCCCCCGCCUGUCUUGACGUUCUCCAGCGGAGCGGCCUGUAGUGGUCAGCCGUUGACCUUCCACUGCUCUGUGCCUCUGUGUAUCCGUCCGAAGGCCGUCCUGCUGCUCAGCCAAAGCAGCGUCACCGACAGCGCCGGACGUCAGAGCGCGCUGCGGAGUCCCAGCUCGGUGGUGUCCAGCUCCAGUGACCCCAGCUUCAGCGUGGUGCCGGUGGACGGGGCGUUCUACUCCUGCCUCUAUCAGAUGACCGUCUCCACAGACCUGACCAUCAACUCCAGCGCUAGUCAAGCCGUCACGGUCACUCUCUCACAUGGACCAAACGCAGAAGAAGAAGCAAAAGAAGGAGAAGAAGGAGAGAGCCCAGACUGGGCCCUGGUGCUGGGAGCCAUGUCUGCAGCUGUGCUGUUUCUAGCCAUAGUCAUAGGCCUGGGGGUCAUUGUACACAAGAGAGUGAAAGAUGCGGCGAGGGAGAAGAAGAAAAGGGAGAAUGCUAAAUUCUGGACUACAGUGCAUGCAAGAGACCACAUUGUAGAUCUCCCCAUUUCACGGCUGAGCAUUUGCUUCAAGGAUACUGGACCAGUCAGUGAUGAAUAUGCUGUUCCAAAGAGUCUCUCCACAUUUGCUAAUCCGAACUUCUGUUGAAUUUAUUGACCCUGUCUUUUGUCUUUGUCUUUAUUGACUAUCAUGUGUGUAAAUUAUAUUUCUAAUUUUAUCUACAAACAGACGUGUUUUUUUGUUUAUACAGAUUACUAUUGAUUCCAUGUAUGUGGAUCUAACUGAUACACUUUCCUCAACAAAUCCACUUACAUAAAUCUUUAAAUAAACAUUUAUUUCUGCUA